GAGCCUAUAUAAAGGCGCGGGCCGGGCGCGGGGAUCCUCCUCUUCCGCUUCCGCCGCCACAGCCAUGGACACCAGCCGCGUGCAGCCCAUCAAGCUGGCCCGAGUGACCAAGGUGCUGGGCCGGACCGGCUCGCAGGGACAGUGCACCCAGGUGCGCGUGGAGUUCAUGGACGACACCAGCCGCUCCAUCAUCCGCAACGUGAAGGGCCCCGUCCGCGAGGGGGACGUCCUGACGCUGCUGGAGUCGGAGCGCGAGGCCCGCCGGCUGCGCUGAGCCGGGCGCCGGAGGGCCGCUUCCCGCCUGCCCGCCUGCCUGCCUGCCUGACGGACGGACGGAGCCGACACUGCGCGACGAGCCGCCGGAUGCGUUAAAAUAAAGGCUUUGGCUCCGUG